UGCACGGUGAGUGCGGGUUAGGAAAUAUGUAACUUACCUUCAUCCGUUCUGUACUGCAUGGACAUGAAAUUUUUUUGAUGCCUGCGAGGACACAUUUUUCACAGCUGCAAGAAGGAAAGAAAGUGAUGAUGAUCAUUCAUGAUGGAGGUAUCUUCUUCUUCAAGACGGACUAGUACUGCUCUGCGACGCUAAUGAUAGCCGCUAGGGAGCUGAUCACAAUCACAUCGUGACACGGCUACGGAGCUGAAAAUUAUGGCGUUCAUCCGCAGCAUCAAUGCUACCACGACUUCACAGGCUCAGCUUGGAGAGGAUGAGCUAGGGCACUUCCUGGCGCAUGGUGAAGGAGCUCCGAUAAUGGUAGAGGAUCCAGGUUCGAGUACUUCAGGUGUGACUGUAGGGUCUGCAACCGUAAAUGAUCCAGGAGGUGGAGGUGGUGCAUCAAUUAUGGUGCAGGGGUGAACCAAGAAGACAGAUGUACGCAGUACCAGAAGAAGUGUAGAUUCAAAUCUUCAUUGUCACCACGAAGACGUGCUCUCACUAGGACAGGGAGAUUUCCAUAAUUUACUCUCUCCUUCAUCUCUAACUAGUUCAAUCCUCUAACUCCAACCUCGCAUCCAAGACAUCUUCGAAGUCACCGGACGUGGUUAGAGCACAGGCAAUAGAACAUCUGCGAAGCGCCUACAAGGAGUACUGCGAUUGGCAGAGCGAGACUCAGCAAGAAUUUUUAGAUAACGCGGAGCCGAAAGAGAUUGUAUAAUUUUGAUGACAAGAACUCUCAACAGGAUUUUUUUGAGAUAUUCUUAUAGAUGCCGUGGUGGAUAUUAUCUGUAGGAGGUGCGGCUUGGCCGCGAAGCGGUGGACCCUCAAGAACCUUAACCUUAACCAUAUUAUAUAUCUGUAGGAGAGAUCUUCUGAUUUGGAUUUCAGUUGGCAGUGCAUCUGUUGCGACUCCCUUGGAUUUGGUUGCUCUUGCCGGGGUAGGGGGAGGGUGCUCCGAUUGGAUUUCAUUAGGUUUUCGAAAUCCAGAUUGAUAAAGCCGGCCGGAUUUGCUCUGGAUUUCUCCUACAGAUAAUAUCCACCACUGGAUUUGCUCUGGAUUUCUCCGAAAUCCAGGUUUUAGAUACCGUGGUGGAUAUUAUCUGAAUGAUGACCAACGUCAAAAUCAAUCUAUUACUUGUACUCCUUAGCGAGUUGAUAUUUUCAAAAAACACCACACUAAAUGCAAACAAAAGAAGAUCGAGAUGAUGAAAUGAGAACUAAAGAAAGAACUAAGAACAAUCCCCUCUCCCUCAUGCACUUAGGUAGCCCCUCUACCUCACGAAUAGGCACAUCAAUCAAUCAAUGCACAGUGUCACGAUGUCGCAUCGUUCCGAGAGCGCGUGUUGGUUUGGGAGGAACGUGCGUUGGGGUUUGAUGAGAGGACAAGGACCAUGGAUGAAGAAAUGCACAUGUUGCAGAUGCAGCAGCAUGAUAUGGAUGACGUUUUUUGCAUCUCUCAGACCAUGGUCUUCUAGGCUGCCCCUUUUUCUCUUGAACGUUUAUAGUAAUGCAAGUGUCGAUUACGACACUUUGCCCCUUUUUCCUUUGAACGUUUACAGGCUAAAGGGGAGCCUCGAUGAUCUGCCUAGAUGGAAAAAACCACAUCCAUACAUGAGGUAGCAGAAGCAGGCCAGAAAAGGUAUUUGCAGAGUAAGUACGAUAUCGACAACGAAAUUGCCGAAGUUUGCCGCAGGAAUCUCGAAUUUCGUGCGGAACAAGCUGCAGAGGAGCGAGAAGGGAAAUCGGGAGAUGCUGGUGAAGGUUUUGUAUCUCAAGUAGAAGACCAAGAUGAAAAGACGACGAAGGAGACAGGGAAUGGCGAAGAGGCUUCAACUUAGGGCUUGUGAUAGAAUUCGCUUGAGGGAAGUCGUAGGUCCAAUCCGAACCAUCUAACACCAUCAUCCGAAUUCAAAUUUCCGUUUUCUUGCCCUCCGUUUCCUUUUUGUUAUUCUGAAGAAGCGAUCUGCAGAAAUGAGCUGAGCUCUAAUCUACACCAGUAUUUGAGCCACCAUCAGUAGAUGUCCUGAAAGCACGACAAGCGGAACUACUGUUGCGAUUGCAGUACGAGGUACAAAGAAAGCAGUUCGAACUGCAGUUAAGAAAUAAGAAUUCUAGUUCAUUCUCUAUAGGCAUACGUGCAUAUUGAUCACCAGGAGUAUUAUGUCAGGUAGGAGAUGAACAGGAUCAGCUUGUCGAGCUAGACUUAAAAUCUCUAGUAAGUUCUUGAUUGUCACUAGAGAGGGUAGAGAUAUGAUUGGUUAAGUUUUGUAUUUGAUAUUAGGAUGUUGUAAGGUAUGACGUUAUUAUUGUAUUAUUGUGAGGAGCAAGGUAUGUAAUGAUGGAUGUAUAUUGUGAUGACUAGUGUUGGUAUGGGAUGAGCAUGUAUUUUGAACUGGAGCUCAUAUCGUCGCUGCAUCUAGAAGUGCAGCGUCUUGACAUCUUCACGUUAUUAUGGAAGUCAGUAUCCCUGCUUCUAGUUCUAACACAGGAGUUGAAAGAUCUGGUGCGACGACGGGAAAUAUGCAUAAAGCAAAUAGAAGCACGGACGAAAGGCUUCAACGAUGACCUCUACAAAAAUUUCAGGAUGCAGCAGGAAGAAGUUGCAGUACCGGGCAUGGAAUUAUGCUUGGUUACCCGCUCAAUAUUAAUCAUGAGUGGAGGUUGAUAACUUCAACUGCUUAGAAUUCUCGGACUGUUGAGUUCCAAAGAACUCAGCAUGCAUAUCCUUAUGUGCAGCUGCUGAGCCCUGGUUUUGUAAACCUAUCUAUGAAAAUACUCCUAUUUUACAGUAUUUGGCUGGUCACGCUGAUGCAGCCACUUGCGUCUUUUCCACCGUUUCGUCUAAGAUUACGAGGUAUGGUGCAGUUUGUAUCGGCUGGCCCGACCGAGUCAGCGGGAGCCUGGGCUAUGAUGAAGGAGCUGGAAACGAGGCUGGAUGAGGUCCAGAUUACCACAGCACAAUACCAGGAAGCCUUGGCGACAAGACAGGAAAAUUGCGCGUGGCUGGAAGAGGCAUUGGUACUUGUCAACAUCUCGUCAGGAUUCGACUCCCCAUCAAGUAAGUAAGUACUACCAUCUACAACUCACAGAAUUCGAACCAAACUGGUUUCAGAAUUCAUAAUAUUUCAUCACGUCAGAACCGCGCGCGAGACUUGUCGGAGAAGUUGCGGUCUGCGGAAGAGCUGGAACCUGACAGUGUGGAUGCGGAAUUUCAGACAGCGUUGUCUGCUGCUGCGCUUGAAGCCGAGGUUGAAGCCCAAAGAGCGGAGGAAUCUAGCACAGCCAAGCAGCAACAGCAGCUGAAGAAUGAUCUCCAAGAAGAUGUUGAAAGCGUCGACGCACAACAGAGCAGUUUACGUAGUGGCGCAGACGACGCAAGUAUUACAGCCAAUGGUAAUCAUGGAGAAGAUGCUUCAAUAGGGGAUGACCAAGGUGCGAGUAUGGGGGUGCAACAGCCGGCUCUGCCCACCCCGAAUCCGGCGAACGUGAGUCCACAUGUCUAUCCAACCGCAACGCCACAACGAGGCACACCACAGAGACGAAAUACCACUGCAGGAGGUACUUUUUUGGUUGCACUUCGUAUUUUUUUGGAAGUGUUAGUCUACUUUACAAACCGGGCUAUGCGUACUAUGGGGAUAUUGGAAAUCGCCAGCAUGAGGAAAUGUGUUAUCACAACUGCAGCUGAGCUUGCUGCUUUCCCACGACAGCGAUAUCACAUUCAGGUCGUGCUUCGCCCAGUCUGACGGGAUCGGGGCGAAGAAACUCAGCAAGAGGAAGUCGCCUAUCGGGAAGUGGAGCUCCGGACUACAAUUUCACCCCCUCAAGCCGCGCAACGGCGGAUACAGGAGUAUGUUGAUUUUCUCUUUACCACACGUAUUUAGCAGUAGAACAUGUAACGAUCACCUUGCAAACGACAUUUUUCUCAUUUCUAGUGUUAUCAUGUUCACGAUUCACCGAUCCACUCCAGAUGACAAGGAGCGGAAGGGUUGCUGCCGCAGCUACUCCCUCUUCCUCUUCGGCGGCUCCGAAUCCAGGAAAAACGACCGGAGCAGCUUCAGACGGUCGGUCAGGUGCAGCUGCGCGCGGUGUUAGCAUUAGCCAUCGCAGUGGCCAGCUUGCGCGAGAUGCACAGGGCAUCACAGCGCCGAAUAGGAGCAGGAAAGGUAGCCAAAAAAGCAGUGGAGGUGCUCAGAUUACAUUUUCUCCAGGGAAACAGGCCAUACGAACGGGUAUCAACAACAUAAACACCAACUUGCAGAAGCAGCAGGAGGAGAUGUCGCAGUUUAGCAGAAUAGGUGCAACACGCGCAGCAGCAUCAACGACUCCCACAGGAUCAGUAUCAGGAGGCGGCGGCAGAGGCGCUUCGGGAGGAGCUUCACAAGCAGACGCAUCGAGUUUCUUAUGGUGUUAAUUCUGGUUUGUCCUGCAUUGUGUCUUUGGUUUGCAGAGGGCUGUUAGAAUGGCGCAUCACCAGGGAACUAUAGGUGAGUACUUAAUCAAGGAUACGUUCUGUCGACACCUCUAAGAGAGUUAUCUGCAGCUGUCACAGGCAGGAGUCCUGCAACAAAAGCGAGUGCGCGCGGACCAGCAUCGGCGCGUGGGGGUGGAUACGUCGUCGCGUCGAGUGCGUCUGGGCAGCGGUCCCCUUCUCAGCGGGCAAGAGGAAUUACCAGAAGCAGUGCAGCGAUGGCGGGUGGCGGGUCUUUCAACAGCAGCGGGAAAGGCGCAUCUCUCGCUUCGUCUAAUGGCACCAGUGUCCGAGGUGGUCGUUUGCAAUCCUCAGCGGGUGCGAGCGGUUCUGCACCAGGGGUCGGCACUGGUCCGUCAACGGCCACUGAAAAGCUGCGUCCACCACGGAUCACGGCAGACGCUGCUCCGACCAUCCCAGAGGAUGAAGAAGGCCAGUUAAGCGUCCCGAACAGUGCGGACGACAAACCCUUAGAGCGCAGCUUUUUGUCCAGUGGCAGCGACGGCGACCCUCGCAUCGACGCGAUUCCGUCGCGACCUCCACCGUUCC